AUGGACGCGGUUCUAGGCCAAGUGGAAGGCGAAGGGGACAGCUCCGAUAACGACGACGCGUCUACCGAUGAAGAAGAUUAUACCGGAGAAAAAACCAUGCGCAAGCGAAUCUACCAAGGCGACUUGGUCCGCGCUGACAACGGUUUCUGGCUGACGCUGUUCAACGUCUACGAGACCAAAGCGCACGUCCCGGCGAAGAAAGUUGUGCGUCGCGUGCUGAUCCGACUUUCUCAAAACCCAACCAAAAAGGGGAAACUCACUAGCGGGCUUGACAUUGAAGUGCGAACCAUGAAAACUCGUUUCCAGGGCGGCAAGCGCACGAACGCAAGGCGCCACGUUGGCUUGCAAGAGCACUUGGAAGAGGUCGCGCCCAACCCUGAACUUCGGCAAAAAAUCGCGGACGCGAUGCGUGCGGAGAAACUGCGGGACUUUGCAAGUAG